AUGGCAGGAGCCGCUUCCCACAACUCCUCAACGGGACGAAGAAACAUGUUAGAAAGCCCUCCAGUAUUCACCCAAACCACAGCUUAUCACAACUCUCCGUCUCCCCAGAGUCCCAAUUGGGGCAUUACAAAUAGAGGCUGGGUAGAGCUUAAUCUGGAGCUAGCGAUCCGGAGCACUGCUCACCCAGGACCGGGAACUACUGGGUCCAGCUCAAUGGCACCAAUGCCGGGGUCUAGCCAUUGGAGCAAUAUCUUCGACCCAAGUGCAGCCGAAUUUACUCCUUUACAACCUGCCCCCCUUGAAGGAGAAUCACUAGAGAGCCCAGCAGACUCAUCAGUAAUUCCUCAAUCGGAAAGCCCAACUGGAACAGAGCAAUCACCCGCCUGUGUUUGCAGCCCGGAGCAACGGGAGGAGGAACGCAAUUCAUACCAUGAGGCUAGUCAAAUACACGCUCAUAAAGUGCUCAAUCUCCUCCACCUCAUCGAAAAGGUCGAGCAGAAUGACAAAACUGCAGCUAGCAAUUAUGCCCACCAUAUUGUGGGCAGUGCAAUCAUUGAGCUGGACGAACUCAAGCAGCUCACUGACUGCUAUAUAUUCGACAAUUUGGCACUCCAAUCCUUUGCUCAGAAACUCUAUGGGAAUGAUGCUUCUGACACGUCUGCUCUUCAGGACGAGUACGGAACUCUCGCCAACGCCUAUGCCACCAUCAGUCAAAUAUUGGCAGGCGAAAGCGAAAGUUGGUGGAGCCAUUGGUUGGAGAUGCUGGAACCAGCCUCGGAUCCAAUCCUUUGGUAUGGUACCGAUACGGUUCCAGUGCUUCCAACGGAUCCGCAAAGGAACUUUAACGUGGCUGUUGGCAGCGUCGCGUGA